UAGGUUGUCCCCGGACCGGUCUUGGUUCCUGAGUCUCACCACCGGGCUAAGGCGGCGGCGACGUCUUCGACUAAAGGAUUCAGCAUCCAGUGCUGCAGCCGAGGGAUUUAUAGGAACUACCACCCGCGCCGCCACCAUGCCUAACUUCUCUGGCAACUGGAAGAUCAUCCGAUCGGAAAACUUCGAGGAUUUACUCAAAGCGCUGGGGGUGAAUGUGAUGCUGAGGAAGAUUGCUGUGGCUGCAGCAUCCAAGCCAACAGUGGAGAUCAAACAAGAAGGAGACACUUUCUACAUCAAAACCUCUACCACUGUGCGCACCACGGAGAUUAACUUCAAGAUCGGGGAAGAGUUUGAAGAGCAGACUGUGGAUGGGAGACCCUGUAAGAGCCUGGUAAAGUGGGAGACUGAGAACAAAAUGGUCUGUGAGCAGAGGCUUCUGAAGGGGGAGGGCCCCAAGACCUCCUGGACCAGAGAACUGACCAAUGAUGGGGAGCUGAUCCUGACCAUGACAGCGGAUGACAUUGUCUGCACCAGGGUCUACGUCCGAGAGUGAGUGGUCAUGGGUACAAAAGCUACCUGAGCCCACCAAUGGCUGUGCUCACCACCCUGCUUCACUCCCACCCUCCCUGCCCUUCUGUCCUUUCAGACUAGCUCUCCCCCUGCCCCAUCACUUCUGGUGGUCCCUGGGAUGCAUCUUGCAGGGUCUUGCUCUCUCUGAGCACUUCUCCCUUCCCCUGUAACAACAAAGAGGGAUGGUGUGCAAGAGCCCAGAUCACCCAUUCCGGAGUCACUACCUCCCUCCCCAAGUCCCAACCCUACUCCCAAACCAGCCCAGAGCAGAGUCUCUCUGUAAGGGGACCCAAGGGCUGGAGAGGGAAAGAUGAGUCCUCUGGCUUCCACUCUAUCCCUGUAGCCUAUUCAGUUUAGAAUAUUUAUUUGUUAAUUUUAUUAAAAUGUUU